AUGAGAGCACUUCCUCCAGGAUUCCGAUUCCACGCCACUGACGAGGAGCUGCUGAUUCAUUACUUGAAGCCCAAGAUACUUGGACGACCCGGCGAACGCUACUACGACAUGAUACCGGAGAUCGACAUAUGCAAAUUCGAACCUUGGCAAUUGCCCGCCAUGUUUUGUCACAGGUUCAACAGUAAGGAGCUCUUUUUCUUUUGUCGUGUGAAGCGCAAGUACUCUAACAGCAAGCGCUCUGACCGGACAACCGAAGCCGGUUACUGGAAAGUGACCGGCAAGGAACGUGCCAUCAUGAGUGAGGACACUGAUGAGCCGAUAGGAAUCAAGAAGACACUGGUGUUCUACACAGGCCGCGUGCCUAAAGGCAAAAGGACCAAUUGGGUCUCACAUGAGUACCAGCUUAAUCCUAAGUGUCUGGGCCAUAACGAAGACGAGGCUUCCAAAGAGCUGAGACCGAAGACGCUGGCAACGGUUGGCAACUCGGUGGAUCUCGAGGUUUCACGGCGAGAUGAUGGACCGAAUGAGUUGGGGCUCGGACGCGUGGAGGGAAGCACGGGCAAACGGCAGAAUUCGGUGGAUACGUGCGGCUUCUCUUCGGUGGUGUUGCUCGGUGGAUGUUGCUGGCGGCGUGAGGAUGCUCGGAGGAUUUCGAAGAUGAAGACUUGGUUGAAUCGGUGGUCUUCCGUGGGCGUUGGAGUUGACUGGCGUGCUGGCGUGGAGCUGAGGGCACGCCACAGGGGAAGACUAAAGAUGGGAGCUGCUCGUGGACGCUGUCUUCGUGGACUCCACGAUAUGCUCGGGCUGAAGACGUUGGACUCGGGCUUCGGCGGUUUCGUUUGCUGA